AAACAUAACUCAGAGGAUCCUCAAACAAGGCGCACGGGCAGAGAGCCGGUAAAGUGACAGCAUCAUCUCCGCGGACAACGGCGCUACUCCGUACUCCAGUUACUCCACGGGACUGCAACUCACUGAAGCUGCAGCGCCCGCUCCACUUGCCCAGGACCCUCUUUUCCGGCCACGCGGUGCGUCAUUCCCGUUGCGUCUUCUCAUUGGCCAGAUGAUAGGGGACGGCGCCUGCGCGCUGCAUUCCUUUGAGGGCCGUGGGCAGACGCCAUUUUGGCCCCAGAGGUGCUUCUGGGAAGUAGAGCGCCGGUGCACACGCCAGCCAGCCUGCCAGGUACGGCCUCUUGUGUGGGGGCUUUCAGGUGGAAGCGUUUGCACCUGCUGCUGCUGCUGCUGCUGCUGCUGUCUCACUCUCCGCACUCUGGAGGUCCUCUGGUGGAGCGGGAGCCUCUGAACAUCGGGCCGCGCCAUCGGGGGUCACACCGCCAGGAAGGAGGUGACGGGGGCGGCGCGGGGCGCGGACACUCUCCGCCAAGAGCCCGCCUGCCAUGGAUUCGGAAUAUUACAGCGGCGACCAGUCAGAUGAUGGUGGCGCUACCCCAGUACAGGAUGAACGGGAUUCAGGGUCAGACGUUGAGGAUGAUGUAAAUGAGCAGCACUCUGGAUCAGACACUGGAAGUGUAGAACGUCAUUCAGAGAAUGAACCUAGUGAUCGAGAAGAUGGCCUCAACAAAAGACACCACGUGACAGAUUCUGAGAAUGAUGAUCCCUCAAAUCUUAAUGCCAGUGACUCUGAAAGUGAGGAGCUUCAAAGGCAAAAGGACAGUGACUCUGAAUCUGAGGAGCACGCAGAGCCUCCUGCAAGUGAUUCUGAAAAUGAGGACACUAAUCAGCAUGGGAGUGACUCUGAGAGUGAGGAGACCAGGAAGCUACCUGUCAGUGACUCUGAAAAUGAGGAACUUCUUAAUGGGCAUGCAAGUGACUCAGAAAAUGAAGACGUUAGAAAGCAUCCUGCCAGUGAUUCAGAGGUGGAAGAGCUCCCCAAAAGUCCUGCCAGUGACUCUGAAACAGAGGAUGCUCUAAAACCUCAAAUCAGUGACUCUGAGAGUGAGGAACCCCAACAGCACCAAGCCAGUGAUUCUGAAAAUGAGGAACUUCCCAAACCUCGAAUUAGUGAUUCUGAAAGUGAGGAGCUUCCUAAGCCUCGGGUCAGUGACUCGGAAAGUGAGGAGCCUCAGAGGACUCAGGCCAGUGACUCUGAAAAUGAGGAGCUUCCCAAGCCCCGUAUCAGUGACUCAGAAAGUGAGGACCCGCCGCCAAGGCACCAAGCCAGUGACUCAGAAAACGAGGAGCUUCCCAAACCCCGUAUCAGUGACUCAGAAAGUGAGGGUCCCCCGAGGCACCAAGCCAGUGACUCAGAAAAUGAGGAGCUUCCCAAACCUCGGAUUAGUGAUUCGGAAAGUGAGGACCCCCCAAGGAACCAGGCCAGUGAUUCAGAAAAUGAGGAGCUUCCCAAGCCCCGAGUCAGUGACUCUGAGAGUGAGGAACCUCAGAAGGGACCUGCCAGUGAUUCUGAAACUGAGGAUGCCUCCAGACACAAACAGAAGCCAGAGUCAGAUGAUGACAGUGAUGGGGAGAAUAAGGGAGAGGAUACAGAAAUGCAAAAUGACUCCUUUCAUUCAGAUAGCCAUAUAGACAGAAAAAGGAUCCAGAGUUCUGACAGUGAGGAGGAAGAACCCAAAAGGCCAAAAAUUGAAAGUGAUGAAGAUGAAGAAAAAGUAGGAGAGGAGGAGAAGGUAGCAAAGCGAAAAGCUGCUGUGCUUUCUGAUAGUGAAGAUGAAGAGAAAGCAUCAGCAAAGAAGAGUCGUGUUGUCUCUGAUGCAGAUGACUCUGACAGUGAUGUUAUAUCAGACAAAUCAGGCAAAAGAGAGAAGACUCUAGCAUCUGACAGUGAAGAAGAAGUAGGGAAAGAAGAGUUGUCUGAUAAGAAAAAUGAAGAGAAGGAUCUAUUUGGGAGCGAUAGUGAGUCGGGAAAUGAAGAAGAAAAUCUUAUUGCAGACAUAUUUGGAGAAUCUGGCGAUGAAGAGGAAGAAGAAUUUACAGGUUUUAACCAAGAAGAUUUAGAAGAAGAAAAAAGUGAAACCCAAGUAAAAGAAGCAGAAGAUUCAGAUUCUGAUGAUAAUAUAAAGAGAGGAAAACAUAUGGACUUUCUGUCGGAUUUUGAGAUGAUGUUGCAGCGGAAAAAAAGCAUGAGUGGCAAGCGCAGGCGUAACCGUGAUGGUGGGACUUUUAUUAGUGAUGCUGACGACGUUGUGAGUGCCAUGAUUGUCAAGAUGAAUGAGGCUGCUGAGGAAGACAGACAGUUGAACAAUCAAAAAAAGCCAGCACUGAAAAAAUUAACAUUAUUACCUACUGUGGUUAUGCACCUUAAAAAGCAGGACCUUAAAGAAACAUUUAUCGACAGUGGUGUGAUGUCUGCCAUCAAAGAAUGGCUUUCCCCUCUACCAGAUAGGAGUUUGCCAGCACUAAAGAUUCGAGAGGAGCUGUUGAAGAUUCUGCAAGAGCUACCUAGUGUGAGCCAGGAGACCCUGAAGCAUAGUGGGAUUGGACGAGCAGUGAUGUAUCUCUAUAAACACCCCAAGGAAUCAAGGUCCAACAAGGAUAUGGCAGGGAAAUUAAUCAAUGAAUGGUCACGGCCUAUAUUUGGUCUUACCUCAAACUACAAAGGUAUGACAAGAGAGGAAAGAGAGCAAAGAGAUCUAGAACAAAUGCCUCAACGACGGAGAAUGAAUAGCACUGGUGGUCAGACACCCCGAAGAGACCUGGAAAAGGUGCUGACAGGGGAAGAGAAGGCUCUCAGACCUGGAGAUCCUGGAUUCUGUGCCCGUGCAAGGGUCCCCAUGCCCUCAAACAAGGACUACGUUGUCAGACCUAAAUGGAACGUGGAAAUGGAGUCAUCCAGGUUUCAGGGGACCUCCAAGAAGGGUAUCAGUCGACUGGAUAAACAGAUGAGAAAGUUCACAGAUAUCAGGAAAAAAAGCAGAUCUGCACACGCAGUGAAAAUCAGCAUCGAGGGCAAUAAAAUGCCAUUGUGACCUUGCAUGGGACGUGUCCCCAUCUCUAAGAAAUGCGCAAUGGACUCUUUGGAGAAAGAAGAUGAUAUUUAAAAAAAUUUUUUUAGUGUAUCUGUAAAUGGUUCUGCUUGUAUCAAAUGUUGUCAUAGAACUCACAUUUCUCUCACUUGUAUUUAAAAACUGUUUGUUGUGUACUUUGUACAGAAGAAUACUUACUAGUCAUACUUCUAUAAACUUUACACAAUAAAGUUCCAUUCUGUUUUGGG